CGAUAUCUUCCUUGGCGCCGCCGCCGCCACCUCCCGUGGGGAAACAGGCCAGAGGCAGGCUUGCCCCAGGCCGCACAGCUAGCGGAGCAAAGCUGGGACGCUUUUUGCAGGGCUUGAGACCUGUUCUCGGACCCCGAUAUUGGAGGCACAGUCCGCCAAUCGAUGAGUCCCGGUUCGACGGGGGAGGGCGAGCUGGCCAAUCAGAGAGUCCCUGCCGGAAGGAGGCGCCCGCCAAUCAGGAGCGCCCUGCUCGGAGCGGCGGAAACGCUGGGGUCCUGCCGGCGGGGGGCGCGCCGUGACGCACGGGGGGGAGCUGCGCCUGCGGCGCUGAGCACCCGGGGUCUCAGCCUCACUUUCCCUGGGGCUGAGAGCUGGACGCCUCGGGCCCGGACGCCGGCAGGAGGGAAACUGAGGCUGGGAGGUCGGCCCGGGCGGCUGCCUGGCGGAGGCGGUGCCGGCUCCGGAGGGGCGGAGCCUCGCCCGAGGCCCCGCCCCCGCCCCGGUCGCUCGCCGGGGCAGCCCCAGCGCACUGCCGUGCGAGCCGCCGCCGGUGCUGCCGGCUGCGGGCUAUGGACGCCCCCGGGGCCGCGGGCCCGGGCAGGAAGGAGCUGAAGAUCGUGAUCGUGGGCGACGGCGGCUGCGGCAAGACCUCGCUGCUCAUGGUGUACAGCCAGGGCUCCUUCCCCGAGCGCUACGCCCCGUCGGUGUUCGAGAAGUACACGGCCAGCGUGACCGUGGGCAGCAAAGAGGUGACACUGAACCUCUACGACACGGCGGCUUCUAGGGCAGGAGGGUCUGCGUCCGCCCGGCCCCUCACCCCUUCUGCAGUGUGGGACAGAAGGCCACCUGGACAGACCUCCUGUUCCCUGCACACUCUUGCAGCACUGAUGCAUGGGGUGCAUUGGCUCGUGACAACCCUGGGAGGGCAGGAAGACUACGACCGGCUGCGGCCCCUGUCCUACCAGAACACCCACCUCGUGCUCAUCUGCUAUGACGUCAUGAACCCCACCAGCUUUGACAAUGUCCUCAUCAAGUGGUUCCCUGAGGUCACCCACUUCUGCCGCGGGACCCCCAUGGUGCUCAUUGGCUGCAAGACGGACCUGAGGAAGGACAAGGAGCAGCUGCGCAAGCUCCGGGCUGCCCAGCUGGAGCCCGUCACCUACACGCAGGGCCAGAGUGCCUGCGAGCAGAUCCGCGCGGCCCUCUACCUGGAGUGCUCCGCCAAGUUUCGGGAGAACGUGGAGGAGGUGUUCCGAGAGGCUGCCAGGGUCGCUCUCCGAGCGCUGAAGAAGAACCAGAAACAGCACCGGCUCUGCCUGCUGCUGUGACCCACCAGGCCCGGGCGGUCCCCACGGCAGGACACAUGCGCCCGGGUCCCAGAAUGCUCCUCCCGAGCUCCUGCGGGGCCGGUGCAGCUUGGCAUGUCAGCCCCAGGUGUCUUCAGUCCUUCUGGAACUCUCUUGUCUCCUGGCUGGGGCUUCUGACCAUGAACUGAUCUCCAGGCUCCCGCUGGAGCUGUGGCCCCCCGUGGGGAACGAGGGGGCUGGGUUCCCGUCCCUCGCACCCCGACCACAGCACGUCCUGUGGGGUGUGAGCAAAGGCGUCUGUCUCCGGCACUCAAGUGCCCUCGUCUCGGCUCCCACUCAGCCACGUGGCGUCCUCUCCAUUUUGCACAUCUGUGUACGCUUGAAAUUAAAAGCCUUGUGUGUUUCACGGACUUGGCAGUGUUCCACGUGGUCCCCCAGCCCGCUGCCUCUCUGGGCUCCUGAGAUAGGCACCGACACAUCCUCCAGCUUCUUCCUUCCUUCCCCCUGGGAACACGGGGGCCACGGCCUAUCAAGAGAGCACAGGCCCAGACAUGGGGCCGGCUCCAGGCACCACCUGCCCUCCCAUCCCACGCAGCGGACCUCAGCCUUCAGUGGGGCCCACAUGCCCAAGGGGGAGAAGAAACGGUCUUUGAAAGGCACAGAGUGGACCCCCCGACCACCCACCUGAACCCCUGCUCAGUCUCCUCCCCCCUGAACCCCACACUGCCAGAAGCUCAAGAUGAAGAUCCCACCAGCUCCCUGCGUGAUCUGGGGCAAGUCAGUUAUUUCUGUGGACUGUGUCCCCAUCUGCAGAGGACAGGACAGGCCAAUUAAAUAGCCCGAUGGCUACCCUCUGGCCCCACCAGCCGCCACUUGUACCAGAAUGUCAAGUUCAGGAGCCCAAACCAAACCAUCCUGGCCUCCCACGGGAAGGGACUGGAUGGACCCCUGCCCACUCAGAGCUGGCCCUUGAGCCUUCUGCGACAGCAGCACCGGGAGACACUUGUUAAACCACAGCUUCCUGAGCCCCAGACCACCUUCUGGAAGCUCAGCGUGGAGUGUGUAUGGGGGUGGGGGGCUGCCCAGAGGUUCCUAAACAAGUGCCCCAGCAAAUCGAAUGCUUGGUUCUGAGGUGAGGUUCAGGAGUCCGCUUACCAAGAGGGGCCCACACCUUCAGGUUGCUUCUGCCUCCCUGUUUCUAAUGCCACCAACCCCCCUUGCCCAGGAAGCCUGAGCCUCCCAGAGGUCAGGUGGCCAGGGCAGGAGAACACUGAAACCCCGCCCACCCCAUCUGGGUCCCCCCAAACCCUGCCAUGCCCUGGGAAGUCAGCAGAAGGUGCACCCCACAGACAAUGUAUUCCAGUAGACGCCAAGGACUUGUGGACUAAUGAUGGUCAAGGGCAGGGAUCAGCACACUGUGGCCCGUGGGCCCAAUCUGGCCACUGCCUGUUUUUGUAAAUAAAGUUUCAUGGGCACAUGGCCGUGCCCAUUCACGUA